CAGCAUCACUAAUAAACUGGUCAUGUGAUUAACGGAUGGAUUGAUUAAUCGGUCACUAAUUGAAUUCCAGAGCUGUGAUUGGUUGAUUAGUUUGAUUUGAAGCGCUCAUCAUGGAGGCGGUAACACGCCCGAUUUUCCAGCCUCACCCGGGACUGCAGCAGACCCUAAAACAGUUCCACCUGAGCUCCAUGAGCUCUCUGGGGGGUCCCGCCGCGUUCUCUGCACGCUGGCAGCACGAGGUUUUCGGUAAGGACACGGAGGAGCUGGAGCGCGCCGCGGCGGCGGCUGUGGUCCACGUGCCCCCGAGGCCGCCCCCGGUACUUCCGGUGCCUCUGUUCAUGGCGUCGGACCGGUCGACGGAGCGGUGCGAGACUCUCCUGGAGGGUGAGGGCAUCUCGUGUUUCGUGGUGGGCGGUGAGAAGCGCCUGUGCCUGCCGCAGAUCCUCAACACGGUGCUGAGGGACUUCUCACUGCAGCAGAUCAACGCCGUGUGUGACGAGCUGCACAUCUACUGCUCACGCUGCACCGCCGAGCAGCUGGAGAUCCUAAAGGUCGUCGGCAUCCUGCCCUUCUCCGCCCCCUCCUGCGGCCUCAUCACCAAGACCGACGCCGAGCGCCUGUGCAACGCGCUGGUCCGAGCCGGCACGCGGUCCCGGGGCGCCAAGGAUCUGGAGGCCAUCGCUAAGAAGGGGUUUAAGGUCUAUCACGAGUGCUUCGGUAAGUGUAAGGGCAUCUUCGUCCCGGAUCUGUACACCAGUCCCCGGGCCGAGUGCAUCCAGUGCGUGGAGUGCGGCGUCAUGUACGGAACCCACAAGUUCGUCGUGCACGGCCACAAGGCCCUGGAGAACCGGACUUGCCACUGGGGGUUCGAUUCGGCUAACUGGAGAGCGUACGUCCUGCUCAGCCCCGAGUACACGGACAAGGAGAAGAAAGAGCAGCUGGAGAACCUCCUGAACGAGCUGAAGGAACGAUUCGACUUCACCAGCAAGUACAAGAAGAGAUCGUCAGAGGGAUCCGAUUAUCAUCAUCAUCAUCAUCAUCAUCAUCACCUCCUCCCCAAUAAAAAACUCAAGCAGGAUGAUUUCUCUCUCUCACCCUCCACCGAGAAACAACCUGAUUGGCUGCGCUCCCUCUCCGCCUCGGCCAAUAAGGCUUUUCAGCCACGACAGAGAGCCUCAGCGUUCCGGCCGUGGUCCCCAAACCUCACCGUCACUGAGAAGGACGGAGUCACCAAACCUGCUGCCCUACGGGACAGUUUUUAUAACUAUAAAGCUCUGGAGAACGCCAUCGCACCCAACGUAGCACUGCCUCCGCUGCAGAAGGGGGCGCUGUUGUCUCUCCCGAGCAGCGUUAGCCACGGCGACGAGCGCGCUGAGGGACACGGGAAGAGCAGGAAGAGGAGGAUAACCGGCGAGGGUCAGUCCGGCCACACCCCGUCUAAAGCUCCUCCAGCACGGGCGGAGGAGGAGCACGACUCGGACGUGGAGGUGGAGGUUCGAGACGAACCCACGUCCUCCCUGUCGUCCCUCUCCUCGCCCUCCUUCACCUCCUCCAGCUCGGCUAAAGAGCUGAGCUCCCCGGGGGCGGCGGGGGGAGUCCCCGAGGCCACGCCCACACCCGCGCCCGCACCGGUGGCGGAGGUCCCUGCGCCCGGAGCCGCUUUGGAUUCGGAGCUGGAGGCGCUGAAACAGGCGCUGGACGGAGGGCUGGACUCCCGCGAGUCCAAGGAGAAGUUCCUCCACGAAAUCGUCAAGAUGAGGGUGAAGCAGGAGGAGAAGCUCGGAUCAGCACUGCAAGCCAAGCGCAGCCUACAGCAGGAGCUGGAGUUCCUGCGUGUGGUGAAGAAGGAGAAGCUGCGCGAGGCUAGCGAGGCUAAACGCGCCCUGCGUAAGGAGAUGGAGCGACUGCGCUCGGAGAACGAACGCCGCCUGAGGGAGGCCAACGAGACUCGGGCGCGUCUCAGCCGCGAGCUGGAGGAGGCCAAGCUGCUGCGCGCCUGCGACAAGGGAUGCGACGGCGGACGGGCGCGCGCUAAAUACUCUGCGCAGAUCGAGGAUCUCCAGACGAAGCUCCAGCUAGCCGAGGCUGACCGCGAGCAGCUCCGGUGCGAGCUACGUCAGGAGCGCGAGGCUCGCCAGCACCUCGAGAGGCUCGUCCAGGACCUGCGGGAUCAGCUGUGGCCCAAACCCCAGGGGGCGGAGCCGGGGCCCGAGGGAACCGCCCCCACCGCCGCCGCCGCUAAAGAGUCCGGCAACUGACGGCGAAUGUGGACGAUGAUAAAAAAAACGGACGCUAAGAAACAAACGUAGCGCCCGGGAUGCACCCUGUCUGUCGGGAUAUCUGGAACGGCGUAUUGAAACCGGAAUGGGAGAUGGAUACGCAGAGCUCCGAUAUCAGCACCUUAAAACGAAUGUGGGCGGGGAUUAUUCUGACCAAGCUCCGCCCACAACAAUCAAUUAUAAUGCAAACGUACAACAGCUGACGUCAAACUCUCGUUAUAAGCUAACAUAGCUAGCGAAUGCUAACUUCUAACCGCUAACUGGUUCCUAUUUAGCUUAGCUUCUAACCUGACCUAGCGACGGAAAACAUAGCUAGAGCUAGCGUAUUAAUAAAACACAAACCUAGAAAAUGCUAACCUAGCUAGUAAAAGCUAACUGCUAACCGCUAACUGGUUCCUAUUUAGGUUCAAAUUUAGGUUUAAAUUCUGAGGUUUGAGGUUAGCUGCUAACCUGACCUAGCGACGGAAAACAUAGCUAGAGCUAGCGUAUUAAUCAAACAUGAACCCGGGCGGAAUUAGCAAUCUAGCUAGUUAGCCAAAGCUAAUCUAGUAAACAAUAGCUGGACUUAGUAAUACGUGCUACGGUGCUAACUGAUAUCAUUAGGAUGUCGAGUGAGCAGUGAGCGCGCUCAAUAAACAACAGGCCACGCCCACUUUUUCAUGGUUGUUAGGUGUCAUGGCACGUCACCACUGUCACUUUGUGAUGGUUGCCUGCACUGAUGGGUCGGUGCUCUCCAGCGCCCCCUGUCUUUGUCUCUGGUAAUACCAUCCAUGUUGUGAUGUCAUCAAUCCUCCGCCUUUGAUGUUGUCACAUGGGCGCUGGAUCACACGCCCCCAUUCCUUCUGUUCUGUUCUGGCCGUCUCGUACCCUCGCUCAGUGGUGAUCAUCUUCCUACAGUACUGUGACAGUAUACAGUCCAAGCAAUCGGGGGUUAGGGGCCUUGCUCAGGGGCCCAACAGUGGCAACCUGGCAGUGGUGGGAAUUGAACCAGCGAUAUAUGGGGCAAAAGUCAGGAAACCUGACCCCCCCCCCCCACACACACACACACACACACUCACACACACACACACACACUCCAAUUAACCUGGACUGCACGUCUUUGUAAUGUGAAAGGAAACCGGAGCUCCCAGAGGAAACCCACACAGACACGGGGAGAACAUGCCAAACCCCACACAGAAAGGUAUCAAUACCAGGGGACAGUGCUACCCACCGCGCCGCCCCCUCACAGACCCGUAAACGUUUAUUAAACAUUGUAAUGUUGUAGUAGGGCAGCUGUAGCCUAGUGGUUAAGGUACUGGUCCAGUAAUCAGAAGGUUGCCGGUUCAAGCUCCACCAAUGCCAGGUUGCCACUGUUGG